ACCGUAGUUCCCAUUCCAAUUUUUUUUUCCCCCCCCCUAGCUCCCCCUUCCCUUUUGCCUCUCCCUAUCCGCCGCGUUGACAUAAGAUGGUAAAAGCGUUGUAAGAUAUUGAAAAAACCCCGCAAACCAGUUCAAUGACCAGGAAGAGUGAGUCCUCCCAGUGUGCCAGGUGCCUCUCACGCGUGGUCACUCGGGAGAGUAGAGCUCUCCUUCCUCACACCCCCCCCCACCUCACUCUUUUACCCCUUCCUCCCUCCCCCCUUUACCUUUUAAAUAGGGAGGGACGCACGUCGCCAAUGUGAAAAAGUAGUCCAAAAGUUUUCUGAGAGCUCUUCCUUCCUCAUCUGUCCGUACCAGAAGUAACUACCCGCCCUUGAUACAUUAUCCUAGCUUACAUUACCACCCCCGAUAUACUUUUUUCCCUUUCCCUCCCUUCCCUGAUCGAAAAGCAGAGAGAAAGCCAUAAAGUGGAAUAAAGGUACACGGGACAUCAUAACUCAGGGCAAAAGAAGGGCAAGCAGCACCUUAUUCUUAUUACACAACGAGGAAUAGGGUCAAUCGCAAGGAAAGAAAGGAGAAGAAAGAAAAAAAAGCUCUUCGGGAAACCAUGCAAGUUUCUUCGCUCGUGCAGCAACAGGAUUGGAAGGUUCUCGAGCAAUUGAGAUGCAGCGGGACACAGGUUGGGAGUGGGAGUGUUGGUGGGGAAAAGUAUGCCGGGGCUAGAAUUAUUCCCUACGGUUCGGAUCUGUUAGGUGGGAGUGGAAGUGGAAGUGGAAGUGGAAGUGGAAGUGGAAGUGGAGGGGGAGGGGGAGGAGUGGUGUUGGGAGCAGGAGGAGGUUCUGGAACCUUCCGCGUAUCUUCAAAAAGGGCUCGAAACGCUUCCUCAACGCCCGCACCAACACCAGUGCUGUACCCAUCUCCAUAUCCUCACCUUCCCCCACUAAACCCGAAAAUAUUUCCAAUUGAUCAACCAUCCGUUAACAAACGACAACGAACAAUGUCUGAAGAAACCGCUUCACCCGCUUCUUCCACCCCCGCUGGUGCCCCUAGUAAGUUUUCUUUUCCUUCCUCUUUCCUUUUCUUACCCCCUGUCCAUCUGCUCUUUAGAUGCGCGGGGUUUCUCUCUUUUUUUUUUUUGGUGGGGUGAAUGAAGUUUGGGCUCACUAUAGCCUUUGCCUACAGACCGCCCUCGAGUUUACCUCGACAUCUCGAUAGCGGGGAAGCGAGCUGAGCGUGUUGCUUUUGAGCUGGUAAGCUUUUCAUAUAACCAUCAUCUUGAUUUCAUUUCAUUUUAGACCUUUGACAUCUGAGGCUAACUUGACACUAGUAUAAUGAUAGUGAGAAUCCCCUAUUUGUGACUGGGUGAACCCCUGAGCAAUAUUUUAACCAUUUACCUAGUCGUUCCCAAGACUGCUGAGAAUUUCCGCGCACUCUGUACCGGCGAGAAGGGCACUGGAAGAAGCGGAAAACCGUUGCACUACAAAGGUGGGCCUAACUUUUCGGUUGAUCUCCACGGCUACUGACUGGUCUGCUCUUAUAGGCUCCACCUUCCACCGUGUUAUUAAGAGGUUUAUGAUCCAAGGUGGUGACUUCACUGCUGGUAAUGGGUACAUUCUCUACCUGUCCCGGACCCACAUCCUUCGUUGGAAGAAGGCUGACAGAAUAUUAUCAGAUCUGGCGGUGAAUCGAUCUAUGGCACCAAGUUUGAGGACGAGAAUUUCGAGAAGAAGCAUGACCGGCCAUUCUUGCUUUCCAUGGCAAACGCUGGUCCCGGUACCAACGGCAGCCAGUUCUUCAUCACUACUGUCCCGACUUCCCAUCUUGAUGGAAAGCACGUAGUCUUUGGCGAAGUCUUAUCGGGGAAGAGCACAAUCAGGAAGAUAGAGGAUCUUAAGAUUGAUAACACCGAUAAGCCUGGAAAACCCGUUGUGAUUGAAGGUAGAUACUGCAUCAAUGAGAACCCCACUUUUAAAUGAACGAAUGCUGACUGUGUUUUAGACUGUGGUGAACUGAAUGGACCUGAUGCUGAGGCUGCUGGCCUUCACAAGAACGAUGGAACAGGCGACCCUUACGAGGAUUUCCCCGAUGACGAGAAUCCGGACAUGGACGGUCCUACUGUUUUACGAAUCGGAACUGAGCUCAAGGAAUUUGGUAACAAAGCCUUCAGGGCUGGUGACAUCGAGCUUGGUUUGGACAAAUACGAGAAGGGCCUACGCUACCUUGCGGAAUACCCGGUGCUUGUUGAGGAUGACCCACCAGAGGUGUUCACAAGUAUUAAGGCAUUGAAGUUUACCUUGUACUCCAACAUUGCGCUCCUGCAUAACAAGCAGAAGGGAUUCAAGGAAGCGGAGGAUGCCGCAACCAAGGCUCUUGUCAUCGAAGAGGUGGCUGGACCCGAGAGAGCGAAGGCACUCUACAGGAGGGCCAUAGCGAAGGUUGCAUUGAAGGAUGAGGAUGGCGCGUUAGAUGACCUAAAGGAGGCACAUAAGCUCGCACCCGACAACGCGGCCGUGACAAAGGAACUGGAUGCAGCCAAAAAGAGGCUUGCGGCCAGAAAAGAGAGGGAGAAGGCGGCCUACAAGAAGUUCUUUUCUUAGAUGGUGUGUAGAGAGCUUUUUUCAUGUAUUUUUCAAACUAUCUGGGGGCUUUUAAUUGUAUCGCUUUAGAAUGGUCACGUCUGUCAAGUUAACGGAUGGGGUGCGGGUGUGGUACAUAGGUUAUUUCGGUGGCCAAAUCAGGGUUUUUCUUUUUCUUUCUUUCUUCCUUUCUUUUUUAUUCUUUUCGCGGAAGUAAUCCCUGGUGAAAGCUUCAGCAGCUGGCAUGAUAGGUCAGCUCGGGGUUUUAGAGGUGCAAAAAAUGAACCACCAAUAUCCAAUAAGGACCGUGAGAGCGGGAACAAGUUCACAUGCGAGAAGUAAGCCUGUGCUCUUGUGGACUACCGCACGAGUACUGUGCAAGAACUGUACGAGCGCUAGUACAGUAACAGCACCUACCGCUAUAGUUCCCCAAUCCCCCCCGUCCCCGAGACUUCCAGAAACGUAUGACAGUCCAAGACAUAGUCUACCUUACUUGCACUCGGGUACGCAAUGGGGAUGAUAUCUUUGAAUAAUGGGGUGAAUUAUCCGCCCUCUCGGGCCAGAGAUAGGGCAUAGUACCGGAAUCCAUCCAGCCGUCGAGUAGAGAGAGAUAGAUGCUGGUAGCUGGCACAAGUAUAUCAAUACCGUGAUUGCGCCUCUCAUCUUUUCCGAAGAUCAUCGCAGUGGGGCAGCAGCUGCCAUCACUGUUAACCCCGAACUAGACGCAUGCGAGCAAGUAUGGUACUGUGCUCGUGCGUUGCCU